GCCCCAGCAGCUGGCACUGGGCGCCGCACUCCAGCGUUUGGUGGCCGACGCACCAGAGCAAGCAGAUCGGAAAGGCUCUCUGUCCAGACAGGGCACAGACGCGUCCCUGACUGAUUCUGGACCUCCAACGCCCAGAGAUCAGUCAGUGUACAAGUCUGAAGCCGACAUUUUACAAGAUCAGUUGCAGGAAAUGAGGGACCGCCUCAACUCCGAGGAGAUGGCCUUGAGUGGUAUGGAGAGCAGCCAGAAGUCCUUGGAAGCACAACUUCGCACUGUGAUCGUGGACCACACUGCGGAGGAACAGGCUGCCGAGGCAGAUGCCUUGCUCCAGAAAUGGCAGCGGAGCCAUGGCGAGGACCUGCGCCAGUUCAAGGCAGAAUGCGACGCUUUGCGUUCGGACCUCGAUCGCGAGACGGAGAACUGGCAGGAGAUGCUUUCUGUUGACCUUCCACAGCGUGAGUCGAGAUUGCAGAAGCAGCUGAAGACGGAAGUGGAUGCCGUGCGCGACUUGCAGGAGACGCGCAGAACGGGUGCUGCAGUGGAUGUUCCGCCUUCGAAGUACGGUAUUUGA